GCGAGACAGCCUUUUGUGCACUUUUCCGUAUUUGCACCCAGAAGGUAGACUGCGCCUUGGAAGCUUUUGCUUCCAUCAGCUCCCUCACUUUACCCCUGGGUCCACAAGCGCCAGCUUUGGCCACUGGAGCCUCGAGCUGGAGUGGCCAGCUGGGCCUGGAAAGAUGCGAGCAAGUCCCUGGGAGCGGUGGCAGCGGCAGGGCGGCGGCCGAGUGAGUGAGUUGGGCCGGAGGGCCCCAAAACCCCGGUUCCCGGGAUGUGGCCGAGAGGACCCCGGCCUGGGAGGCGCGUCCUGGAGCGCGCUGAGCUAGGAACAGGACUCUCGGGAGGACCGUGGGCUGCGGGCUACCUGGAUUGCUGCCCAGCGCACGACUCCGCGACCCAGAGACCGCGGCGGGACUCUGGAGCGGCGUUCCCCACUGGACUAGAGGAGCCCCGGCCCGGACGAGUGGACCCGACUCUCCCUAGGCCGGGCCGUGGCGCCCGCUCUAGUCCAGCCGAGCCGGAGCUUCUCGGACCAAUCCCCGGUGAUUAUGCAAGAGAGCCGACCAAUCAGCUCCACCAGCUCAUGAAUAUUUAUGACCUUGGCUGAGUCAAAGCUUUGAACCGAGUUUGGGGAGCUCGGCAGCAUCAUGCUUAGACUUUUCAAAGAGACAAACUCCAUUUUCUUAUGAAUGGAAAGUGAAAACCCCUGUUCCUCUUAAAUUGGGUUCCUUCCUGUCCUGAGAAACAUAGAGGCCCCCAAAAGGGAAGCAGAGGAAAGACCCCACUCAGACCCCGCGAGAAGAGAUGACCAUGACCACCAUGCCAGAAAGUCUCAACAGCCCCGUGUCGGGCAAGGCGGUGUUUAUGGAGUUUGGGCCGCCCAACCAGCAAAUGUCUCCUUCUCCCAUGUCCCACGGGCACUACUCCAUGCACUGUUUACACUCGGCGGGCCAUUCGCAGCCCGACGGUGCCUACAGUUCGGCCUCGUCCUUCUCCCGACCGCUGGGCUACCCCUACGUCAACUCGGUCAGCAGCCACGCGUCCAGCCCCUACAUCAGUUCCGUGCAGUCCUACCCCGGCAGCGCCAGCCUCGCCCAGAGCCGCCUGGAGGACCCAGGGGCGGACUCCGAGAAGAGCACCGUGGUGGAAGGCGGUGAAGUGCGCUUUAAUGGCAAAGGGAAAAAGAUCCGUAAACCCAGGACAAUUUAUUCCAGUUUGCAGUUGCAGGCUUUGAAUCGGAGGUUCCAACAAACUCAGUACCUAGCUCUGCCUGAGAGGGCGGAGCUGGCGGCCUCCUUGGGACUCACACAGACUCAGGUCAAGAUAUGGUUCCAGAACAAACGCUCCAAGUUCAAGAAGCUGAUGAAGCAAGGCGGGGCGGCUCUGGAGGGCAGCGCGUUGGCGAAUGGCAGAGCCCUGUCUGCCGGCUCCCCACCGGUGCCACCCGGCUGGAAUCCGAACUCCUCAUCUGGGAAGAGCUCAGGCAGCAGCGCAGGCUCCUAUGUCCCCAGCUACACAUCUUGGUAUCCCUCAGCGCAUCAAGAAGCUAUGCAGCAGCCUCAGCUCAUGUGAGGCUGUCAGUUCGCACUCACCCACCUCCUUCCCGUGUCCCUUGGGCCAGCCCCUCCCGCCUCCAGGUCCACCCACCUCUUCUGGGUGCCCUAGGCCAGGAGGAGAUCGGCCCAGAGGUAGGGGAUAAAAAGAAAAGAGAAAGGAACAGUGAAGGCAGAGGGCUUGGGGCCUCCCCGGAGCCCUUAAAGGUCUGGCCCAGCGACUUUCC